AUUUAGAAAUAAAGUGUUAAAAUUCUCGUUAGUAAAUUAAAAUGUACCAUUUAUGUGUUUAAUAAUUUGCGUGAAGUUCAUUGAACUGAGAGACUUUAACAAUUUCGAUGGCGAGAGAAGUAGUAAUUGGUUACGUACAUGUGACCCUUGUUGUGCUUUUGGUGUUUGGUUUCGUAUCUGGUGAUGAGUACACUCCGAGCCCGAAUAUCGGGUCCCCAGCAGGAUUGGUACCUAAUUGUCCAGGUGUUCUAAAGAAUGCAACGAUCAGUCAAAAGAAACUCCAAAUGUUGAGGAUAUUGGUACACAAAGUGAUUAAUGGUAAAGUUCAUAGAACAGACUAUCCUAUCGCAGGAGCAGCGAAGUCACUAGCCAAAGAUAAAUUAGUAGAUUUUAAAAACAAAAAGACCGUGUUCUACAUUGGUGGCUUCUUUGACAGUGCUUACUUUCCGUUCAGCCAAGCGAUAGGCACUGUCUACUCGAAACGUGGUUACAACGUGUUAUUGUCAGAAACCUUUCAGUUCCUCACUUAUAUAUAUCCCAAAUCAGUAAGACUGUCAAAAGUGAUCGGCGAUAAGAUUGGUGAGUUACUAGUCAAUUUGGAAAAUCUAGGUUUGAAGGCGGAUAAUUUAGAAAUUGUUGGUAUGAGUAUUGGAGCUCACAUAGCUGGUUAUGCAUCUAAAUAUUACUAUAGCGCAACUGGUAAAAAACCAUCGAGAUUAACCGGUUUAGAUCCAGCUGGUCCUUGCUUUAGAGGAUUACCUCCUGAUUUGAGACUGCGUAAAACAGAUGCUGAAAGAGUUGAUAUAUUACAUACCAAUAUUGAUGGAUUUGGUAUAGCUGAAAAUCUAGGACAUGUAGAUUUUUAUGUCAACGGCGGAGAAUACCAACCCGGUGAUAUAGUAGCGGUUCCCUGUUUAGUUAUUUGCAGUCAUAUAAGAUCUGCUAUAUAUUGGUGGCUAGCUGUUCAAAAUCCGAAGAAAUUUAUAGCAAUUAAAUGUGAUUCUAUCCAAGAUGCUAGGUUUGCUAAAUGUUAUAAUGGAUCGGAGACAAAUUAUGUCGGUUUGGAGACUAAAUUUGAUAGACCUGGGUUAUAUUAUCUACCUACUUAUAACGAAUUCCCGUAUUAUAGAGCAAAGGAAGGAUUGGAUGAAGAGAACGAAAUUUAUAAGUAUCAUGCUGCAAGAGUCAAUGCGGAAGAUUUGUUUAUAGUUUAAGAGACAUUUAGAAUACAAUAAUAUAACCUAUUUCAAGUCUUAACAGUAGUAGACGCCAACAAUAUCUGUUGCACUCUGUUUGCCCGCUGCAAUGGGACGACCAAGGGUUAAGGUUAAGGUUUGGAUGAAGUGGAAAUAUAUUUCACGGAGGAGGGGAUUCAUAGGAAGUGGAAUUAUCCUCUUCAUCCGCAUCUCUUGGAUAUUUCGGCGAAUUCAAGUGGUCCCUUGUAUUUUUGACACCUCAUAAUGAAAGAAGGGAGAGAAUUUUGAGAGAGCCUUUUUGUUAAAAUUGAGAGACCUUUUAUUUUUGGUUUCGCAUAUGUUUUUAAGGACAUCGUAUGUACAGUGUAUGCAAUAAAAUGUAAUAGUAUACUAAGUAAUGUAGUUAUUUUAUCUGUGAUUUAUAUUUUAAUUUUAAAACGAGUUUCACUGCUGAAACAAUUGUGGAAAAAACAUAUAAUUAUCUCUGUUUUGCAAAGAUAAUUAGACGGAUGACAAUUUGUAUUUUAUAAAGAUUUUAUGCAGUGGAAACUCAUAGUAAGA